AUGUCAUCACAACGAUUACAGGAAGAUUAUCCUGGCUCAAUUGAGAAUGGGAUCGAAAGCCGACCAACCAGAAGGACCCUCCAUUCUAGCCGCGAUAUUGAUGAUGAGCCCGAAAGUAUUCAUUCAACUGAGGAAUCAUCUUUAAUUCAUCAGUCUGAUGAUGAAGCCUACCCGAUUCAAGAAUCGUCGGGACCGCAUCGUCGCUUUGGUCUUCUUUCCACGACAUUUCUGAUAACCAAUCGCAUGAUUGGCACCGCAAUAUUCUCUGUGCCAUCAUCUAUCGCACAGUCCGUUGGGAGCGCUGGUGCAGCCCUGACGUUAUGGCUAGUUGGGUUUCUCCUGUCUUUCUGUGGAUUUCUCAUUUACCUUGAACUGGGCAGUCUGCUGCCUCACAAUGGUGGGGAGAAGGUCUAUCUUCAGGCGGCGUAUCCCCGACCACCAUUGCUAGUGAGUACAGUAUUUGCAACUCAUGUUAUAUUUCUCGGCUUUACUGGUAUUGGGACUGUCGUCGUUGCAGAGAAUAUGCUUCUGGCAUUUGGGGUCACAACAAAUGACUGGGUGAAACGUGGUAUAGCGAUCGCUAUCAUGGCAUGUAUAGCAGCCAUGCACGUUUACACGAAGAACUGGGGAAUCAAGCUAAUGAAUACGCUAGCCUCGAUCAAACUCAUAGUCCUCGUCCUCAUCAUCUUGACUGGCCUUAUAGUUCUCCAUGGGGAUGUGUCAAAUGUACCCCAUCCAGGAGCCAGCUUUGAACAUCCCUUCUCGGAAUCAUCUUCGCGUGUCAGUGAUUAUACGUUCGCUCUCUAUAAAGUCCUAGCCAGUUACCAGGGCUGGUGCAAUGCUGGCUAUGUUUUAGACGAAGUCAAAGACCCCCGUCGGACCCUCAAGAUCGCUGGCAUCUUAGGGCUUACCUCCGUGGGUCUUCUAUAUUUCAUGGUAAAUGUGGCAUACUUUGCUGCCGCAACCCCCAAAGAGCUGAGCGAGACUGGCGUCACAGUCGCUGCGCUGUUCAUCGGUAGGGUUUUUGGGGAGGAAAUGCAGUCAUUGAGUGCCGUCCUCGCUGCCCUUUCUUCUUUAGGGAACUUAAUGACAGCAUCGUUCUCAAUCUCGCGGGUGGUUCAAGGGUUUGCAGAGGAGCAAGUUCUGCCGUUCUCCUCAUUCUUUGCCAAGAAAUCGCGCUUUGGCUCACCAGCCGCUGCCUUCAUAUUGGUUUUCUUGUCAUCGUUCAUUAUGAUUAUCUGUGUACCGUUUGGGGAUGUUUACAACUUCAUCCUCGAUGUAGGCCAAUACGCAAUGGCGAUUGUCCAACUGUUCGUCGUUAUUGGCCUCUUCAUCAUCCGAAGACGAAUGACAUAUCCACAGCGGACUUUCAGGGUCUGGACGAGCGUUGCAUUGAUAUUCAUGGCUUCUCAGAUCUACUUGCUCUUUUCAACAUUCUCAAGUUCGGCGGAAAGCAGCUCAAGUCUACCAGUAUGGAUGACUCCUGUGACAUCAGUCCUGGUGCUUUCGUUUGGCAGUGUUUACUGGUUUUACGGGUGGGCAAUACAGCCUAGAAUGCGGGAGAGGUCUGACAGGAGGCCUCUGCCAUUGGAAGAUUCUCGCGAUGAUUAA